AUGGCUACCCCAGAAUUUGAAUUUGCUAGCAAGUUUCUCACUCUUGCCACUUUGCAAGAGCCAAAGUUUGCGCAAAAUUACCAGAAACCCUUGAAGGACGUUAACUCAAUCGGUGUUGCGCUACCUGCUCUCAAGUACAAAUACGAUCCAACUCGAGUUAGCAAGCAAUUACCUUCAGGUGCUGAUGCCACCGCUUCUGUAGAGCUAACUUUGAAGAGUAUCAGACCACCAAAGUUCACAUUCACUGACAAGUUUGGUAGUGAUGCCACUGUAUUUACCGUUAAGCAAAGAGUGGUCGAUGAGGGCCACUGUCGCCACAUUCAAUCCGUGAAGCUACUACUAAAGGGUAAAGUUCUACAUGAUAACAUGGUUUUGAAGGACUUGGGUGUCUCAAAUGCCGCCAUAACUGUGAUGAUCGCCAAGGAAGAAGAAAUCAAGUCUACUCCACCAACAAUUGAGGCCCGUACUCCAGCCUCUGUACCUUGGAGUGAUAUACAAGCUCUGUUGAACAAUAAGGUUGCUAACGCUGAUGAAGCCAAGACAAUGUUUGAGCAGUUACAAAAAGGGUAUGAACUAGCUCAGCAGAGCUCUACUCCUCAACUUGACUAA